UUUUUGUUUGCUUGUUUGACCUUGAAUUCGUUGUUUACAAUCAAAACCUUGAGAAUCAGAUUGAAUCGCGACUUCGUCCGAAUCUUGAAUCCUAAUAUUAAAUAAUAUUUACAAAUUAAUGAGAUAGAAAUAACGUCCUCAUGGAGCUGGUACGAAAAUCCAUCAUAGAGUGCAAUCAAGGAGCGGUUCGCGCCGUGCGAUAUAAUGUGGACGGUUCCUACUGCUUGACCUGCGGUUCGGACAAAAAGAUCAAACUAUGGAAUCCGCGUUCCGGACUGCUCCUUAAAACAUACGGUGGCCACGCCGGUGAGGUGAUGGAUGCAGCCGGUAGCUGCGACAGUGGCUUCAUCGUGUCCGUUUCGGCGGACAAAAGCGUCAUCUAUUGGGACGUGACAACGGGACUGCCGGUCCGAAGAUUGCGAGGCCACGCUGGAACGGUCAAGUGUGUCAAAUUCAAUGAGGAUUCGUCGGUUGCGGUGUCCGGUUCCACGGACAAUACCGUCAUGUGUUGGGAUGUGAGGACCCGGAAACUGGAACCGAUUCAGACGAUGCGAGAGGCCAAGGAUUGCAUUUCGUCGCUGGUCGUGACGGAACACAAGAUUAUUGCCGCUUCGCUAGACGGAUCUAUCAGGCAGUACGAUCUGAGAGCCGGGGAAUUGACCUGCGACACGGUUGGGGUUCCCAUAACGCACGUGGUCCAAACUAGCGAUGGACAGUGCCUGUUGGCGGCCUGUUUGGACAGCACGAUCCGGUUAAUCGACACGGACACUGGUGAAUUGCUGUCCGAGUAUCAGGGCCACCGGACGGAAGAUUACCACAUUGAGUGCGCGGUCAUCAAGAGCGAUUCGCAGAUCAUUUCCGGAUCGGCGGAGGGUUGUGCCGUCGUUUGGGAUUUGUUGGAAAGUAGUGAGGUUCGUCGGAUACGGAUGGAUUCCGGGGGAGUGGUUCACUCGCUGGCACCACAUCCGACGGGGAGUGAUAUUAUGUUUGCCAGGCGGAGGCAUGUCGAGAUGUGGGGGUUGCCUGAGGAGGACGGAGAGGAGGAUGAGAUGAUAGCAGAAUAAAUGAGAUAUAAAACUAGGUAUUUCAUUUAUUUGUACAUUAAGAAAUUAUUUUAUGUAAA